AUGCCGGAACAAGCUGGGAUUAUUACUAUUCAUCAAAUGCGACUGCACCGGUGUGAGGGGUGUCUCGCGGCGUGCGGCCGACAGCGGCGCGCCACGCCGCUCUCUGCCAUACCCAGGACCAUACCCAGGACUAGAGUAUUACAAAGAGCAAGACGAGGGCCUUACACGCAAACGAUGAGCAAGGAGAACUGCCUCAAGAUGGAGACGCCGCCCACUCCACCAGAUAACGAAGCGCCCCCGAUGCCGUGGUUCGGCAUGGACAUCGGUGGCACCCUAACGAAGCUGGUCUACUUUGAGCCCCGGGAGACGAAUAGACGGGAGCUGGAUAAGGAGACAGAAGUUCUUAAGAAUAUCAGAAGAUAUCUCACCAGGAACUCCGCCUAUGGGAAGACUGGGAGACGGGAUGUACAUUUGCAGAUGGACAAUGUAACCAUUAGAGGUAGACGCGGCACUCUCCACUUCAUAAGGUUCCCGACGUCCGAAGUUGGGGCCUUCCUUCAGCUCGCCCGGUCUAAGGGCAUGGCUGAUUUAGUGAACACUAUAUACGCGACCGGCGGCGGCGCUUACAAAUUUGAAGAGGAUUUUAUAAAGGAAGUAAACAUGCGUCUGUCGAAAAUGGACGAGUUAGACGCAUUGAUAGCCGGCGUGCUGUUCGUGGACUGCAUGAACGCGCAGGAGUGCUACUACUGGGCGCCGCCGGACGAACAGGCCGUGCAUACACACGUCACGGACUCGCCGCCGUAUUCGGAAGCAGCCUUAAGUCUGUACGUGAGGAAACCAUUCGACUUCUCCUCGCCGUACCCGUUCCUGCUGGUGAACAUUGGCAGCGGAGUGUCCGUGCUCGUCGUCAACGCGCCUGAUGAUUACUACCGCGUCAGCGGGACCAGUCUUGGCGGUGGAACAUUCCUAGGCCUGUGUUGCCUUCUGACUGGCUGCAGCAGCUUCGAGGAGGCCAUAGCGCUCGCCGCCUCAGGAGAUAACACCACUGUUGACAAACUCGUUAGAGAUAUAUACGGUGGAGAUUACGCUAGGUUCGGACUGCCUGGAGAUUUGGUUGCUAGCAGUUUCGGUCAGAUGUGCUCAGCGGAGCGUCGUGCGAAGGUGUCUCGCGCCGACCUCGCCCGAGCUACUGUUGUGACUAUCACCAACAAUAUCGGUUCCAUCGCCCGGCUCUGCGCGUCUAAUGAGGGGAUUGAGAGGGUGGUGUUCUGCGGUAAUUUCCUAAGAGUGAACCCGCUAUCUAUGAAGUUGCUUUCGUACGCUAUGUCGUACUGGUCCAGAGGUGCUUUGAAAGCACUCUUCUUGGAACAUGAAGGCUACUUCGGUGCAGUCGGGUGUCUAUUACAUUUGGACAGCAAAAUACAUAGACGUAAGCAGGCAGAAGCAGCUACAGCGGACAGAUGA